CGUAUAAACACUCUGAGCGCCUCCGCCCUGCCAGCGCUGACCUCGUGCAAUUGUUUUUCUCGCGGCUCAGGGUGGCGCUGCUCGCAGAGUGCAAGUCAUCCGUUCCUCAGAAUCACCGACCACAUCCUCGUUUGCACUUCCUGAAGUUGCAUCUCCCAGCCUCCCCUCUGAGGCAGAAUGCAGGCAUCGUGCCGUUGGCCAUGAAAGUGUUUGGUGGUUGGUGGCGCCUGUCACAGAGGAUGAUCCCCUUCUUCCCUGUCCUUCUCCUUUUCUUCUACUUAUCCAUGUCUAAAGUUGUGAUGAGUGACCAGCAUAAAGCCCAAGACCACAAUGUGACUGAUGUCCUCUUGGUCACCAGUACCUUGGGGGUAGGUGAUGUCUCCAGUCAUCUAGAUGGGAAGGACUUCACCAGUGUUCCUGAUGGAGGCGACCACCGCAGUGAAAUACCUGGAACUGGUAUAUCUGAGAGCACUAGCAGUCAGCCACCAACCAGUGCCCCAGAUGAUAAAGGCCUGACUACUACCCAGGUGGACACCACUGCCCGAGGUGUGUCAAGUCUGUCGAUAGACACUGGUGUGCCACAAGGGUCUCUGCCUACCAGCAAAUGGCCUGACAGUAGUGGUGUACCAAAUGGAGGAGAUCUCAUCACUACUCAGCCCAGCACAGGGGACUCCACAAUUGCUACUGCCAUUGGGGCAUCACAUGGAGAUCCUGUCACCAGUUACCAAUUUGUCACCAGCAUCUUCGGUGUUUCAGCAGGGAGUGACAUCUCCAAGGUCACAGGAGGGUAUGACCUCACCAGUAACCAGCAAGUCUUUGGGGACCUACAUGGGAAGGAUGUCACAACAUUUCAAGAUGGACUCGGUCUUUCCAGCAGCCAGCCUAUCACCUUUGACCCCAAUGGGGGUGACCUAACCAGCAACCAGCUUGUUACCACUGUCCCAGAUGGAGGUGACCUCAUAAGUAGCCAGCCUGACCCCACUGUUUGGAGUGGGCCUGACCUCACCACUGUCCAAGAUGGCAGUAACAUCUCCAUUGUCCCAGCAGGAGGAGACCUCAUCAGUAGCCAGCCAACCGAGACUGGUGUAACAGAUGGCAUCAACCUCACCACUGAUACCAGUGCCCUAUAUGGUGAUGAGUUUAUUACUGCCCAGCCUGUCACCACUGUCCAAUAUGACACUGAGCUGACCAGAACCCAGUCUGAUACCAGUGUGUGGGCUGGACCUGACCUCACCAGUCCCAGUGAGCCAAGCAAUCAGCCUGGCACCAGUGUUUGGAACAGGUUUCAGCAAACCAUUGAUCACAUGACCAAUGCUAUGGAAGACACCACCAGGUGGAGCCUCUCAACCAGAAGACCCUCAAUCCCACCUACAAAUGACUCCUGCGGCAGAGGUCUGGAUGGGAUGGACCUCCACCGUGGCCUCCGACGCCCCUGUCUGAUCAUCCUGGCCAUUCUGGGGUUGGUUAUUUGCAUAUUCAUGAGCACCACUGUGUUCCUGGGCACCAAGCUGUUAAUGCGAAGAGCUCCUCGGCCCAUCAGAAAGCCCGUCCAAAACGGGACUCUCGAGCGACCACCCAGCCGGUCCAAGAGGUCAACGGAGGAGAAUGAGGACACCUUCUGGAUGCAGCCCAGGGUCACCAUGGAAGAAAUCACCGAAUUCUGGUAUGCUAACAGUGUGCAGCUCAGGGAUAUGCAGGGGAACAGCUGACACCGAAUGGACUGCUCGGCCAGUGGACUCAAUCAGACAGGACUGAAGGGAAAUGUGGGAGGGACGAGGAGAGAAAAAAAAAAGUGCGUGAGAGAUGAGCAGAGGGGGCCAAGCCGGAUCACACAGGGUGCAUUCACACACAGCCAACUCGCCAGCACAGCGCACCCGUGGAGUACACACAUGGCAGACAUCUGCACACGGCUGCACUCAAAGGUACGUGCAUCACACAAACACACCGUCGCACCAGUGUGUGCCAAACCCUGCCCAUCUUACAGCCCUCAUUACUCAGAGAUUAAGCAAGCAUUUCCUCACCCACCUCCUCGCCGUGGAUAACCUCAGGUUACCCCUGCGCUGGCAUCUAGAGAGGGCCUUACGAAAUGGAGCGGC